UCAGAACUUCAACCUCGUAAAAUUCACCAUAACAGAAACAGACGCCAGGUUAACUCAGUUAACGCCACUCUCGAAGUCAACAAACUACUAUCGAAGUUAAGACCACACAUUUGUCAAUCAAAAGGUCGUAGGUGUUUGCCUGGUCCCCCAGGCCCUCCAGGUCCUCCUGGACCUAGAGGAGAGAAAGGAGCCCAGGGACGAAGAGGACACAGAGGGAAACCUGGAAACAAAGGAGAUCAAGGCAUCAUGGGAUCACCAGGAAAGAGGGGCAAGCGAGGCAUUAUGGGACCAGUUGGGUCGCCUGGUGUAGCUGGUCCUAAAGGACAAAAAGGAGACAUGGGGCCCGCGGGAUUGCCGGGAUCUAAAGGAGAGCCUGGUGAAUCAAUCUCAGUUCCUACUGUUGCUGUUUCGCUUGCAAAAUUGACUGCAAACGAGACCAGAUCAGCGUCGUUUCAGUGUUCUGUCAAUGGUAAUCCUAAACCUACAGUAGUGUGGAGUAAACUUAACAGUCAAACAAAAAUUAACCAAUCAGCGGUUUUAGGAGACACUUUGCUCUUACAGAACUUGAAAGGAAGUGAUGCAGGUGUGUAUAAAUGUUCAGCGGUAAACAUCUUGGGGCAGGCGCACGCAGUUGGUCGCCUAAUAGUGAAUGGUGAGUUUUUUUUUUUCAUUUUUUAUUGACUAUUAUCUCAGUAUCUUGCAGAAAUUAAUUCUCAGUCAACUAACGAAAAAAGCUCGGAAUUAUAUUUUAUUUUGCAGACCCUCUAAUUAUAUUAAGCAACGUAGGUCAAUACUUUUUUUAGCAAAUUAAAUGUAUCAUGACAGUAUAAUUUCUCGUUUGUUUCACUACCUUAGGAGGUGCUUGCUCCUUUUUUCUAACAUGCUCUGAGAUCAAAAUUAUCCCAAGCCCAAACAUAAAACGAAACAAAGCGAAAGCUCAUAGCGACAACCAAUUGUUUUAUAAAUGCUAAGCUGAAUGGACAGGAGCCUGCUCCUGGAAAACUAAAAAGUUACAUAAUUGUUAAUGCACCAGGCAAUGCAUGCAUGAUUCUUGAUUUUGUAGCUUGCCCACGAAAACAGCAAUAAAUAUAAUAGAAUACUCUAUUGAUAAGAUAACUUCCUGCCUUUCAAUUUUAUUCAGCCUAACAAAAAAUGUUUUCGCGGCGUAACGAUUCCAGAUAUAGGAAUGCGUGACAAGCGCCAUCAUGUGAUAUCAGGUUUGUGUAAGAAGCGAAGACGACUCGAUCGGAUCAAGCGUUGUAAACAGGUACACCAGUAGCAUUAAUGCGUUCGGCUUUAACGGUUUCCUUUCCUAAAUGAUGUUCUAUUGUGUCAAAAGUCACAAAAUGUCUAAAAUACUUGAUACAUUUCAUGAAUUAUUGUGUUCUUGCGGCUUUGUAUGCAUUAAGACCUUCCAUCGUGUAUUGUAAACAGUCAUAACACCCAACGAGAAUAUAGUUCAAAACCACUUAAAUAUAGCAUUGUUAAACGUAUUGUAGCAUUUAGGCAUAAUUUUAUUCCCUAAAAAUCUAUCAUCUGUUCGGAUUUCCUAGCUGAAAGUCUAGUGAUCCGAAAAUUAAAGGGAUCAAAACUUACUUUUUCGAUAAUUUCAGCGAGAAAAAAAGGUUUUCGAAAAUUCUAGGUGACCUUUUUAGGGUAUUGAAUCCGUUAAAAAUGGGCAAUUAUACCAUUUGUUAGAUGUUCGAAAAUCCUAGGAGAGGCAGGCAACAAGAAUUUUACAACAAAUGUUCCGAAAAUUCUAGAUCUGAAAUCGUCUUCCGAACAGAUAUUUUCCAAAAAUUGACGUUGGGUGCCCCUUAUAACAGGAAAUAGGCAUAUUUCGUCGAUCGGCUGUGCUGAUAAAUCGUUAAAAUCACAAUAUAUUUUUAUGUUUCUAUGUUUUUGGACAUUCCCUUUGUUGGUCUAAAAAAACGUUUUCAGUUAGAAGAUGUGGGAAUUUUGUAGCCUGCGAGCAAGCUCUCCUAUUUGGGCAAGCGAAGCGAGCCUCGGCCCCUCGCGGCUUCGCCGCUCGCUCGCGCGUUCUCGCGCGGCUCGCUUCGCUCGUUCAGAUAGGAGAGGUUGCUCGCAGGCUAGGAAUUUUGCACAGUGCUCGAAUGAAAAUAUGCCUUUUUGAGCCCUUUCCCGCCUACGGCAAAGUGGGGGUAAAUCAAAAAAUACUUAGUAGACAUGAGUUGCUUUUGAGAGACCAAAAUUGUGUGCUUUACAUCAUUUAAGGGCCAAUUUAAUCCUAGGAAGUGAAAAAAAUCGUUGAAAGUGUAAAACUUUGAAGUGGUGAACUCGGCAAUAUGCGCUAUUUUUACUCUUUGUCACUGCCAAAAUUUGGCCGCCGGGCGCUGAAGUGAUUUUCUUCCCGAAAACUUUUAUUUUGAAAUAUUUUCAAAAACUAAUGCGGUUUUCAAUUACUUUUGGACUAAGAUAUAUUAAUGAGCAAAGUUUAAAGGAAAUUGUUUUUCCGACCCGAAACGCAGUGGACCGGUUUUAGGGAAACUCCCUCUUAAACAGCCUCAGGAUCAAUAGUUCGUUUUGAAGAAAUCUUUGUUGAUGUUUCAGUUAGCAUUAGCACGUAACAAAAACUGACCGCGGCGGGAAAUGACGUCACUCACUAUUCUUACGAGAAACACGUGUUUAUGCCAAAUCAUUGAUGCUAACCUGUAUUUAAUUGUGAAUUAUGCACUCGAACCUCCACUAAUGUCCUCCCCUCUACAACGGCCACUUUCUUGUCCUGGCGGACAGUUCAUACAACGGCUAAUUUGUUCAAACCUCUCUACAACCGCAACGGCCACUACAGCGCGUAUCCUACUGCCAAAAUAAUCUUGUAACAACGGCCAGCUUUUUCGUCAGUGACAAAAAGUCAAGAAUGGCCACGAAAUCUGUUCCCUAUGGCGAGUAGAUUUUCAAUCUCGGCAAGUCUUGCAAUUCAGUUAAAAUGUAAGUACAAUACUUUUUUGCGCGAACGUUUUGCAGAACAUACCUCAGGCAGAGAGUCAGUUAAGAACGUUUUCAUUUUUUUGUGUUCAUUUGUUUAGUACAGUUAAGCUUUACUUCGGUUAUUUUACAGAUAUUUGACCAUUUAUUUAACGCUAGUGCAAGGAAUCGAAGAAAACUGUUACUUUCGCCAUAGAUAUUCACGUAUAACUGUGGUAAUUGGAAGAUCAUUAAUCACGCCAUACCUUCUAAAGACAAAAAAAAGACCAGCUUAUACCAAAAACCUGACAGUUGUAGCCAACGAACUCAAUCAGUUUUUCUCCAAGGUUGUGAAAAAUUCCGCUGACGCAUCUCGGCAUCUGUCAGAAGAAAAUAACAUUACAAUUCGAGAACUUUCAACCGAUGCGAAUACUAGCUCCACCCCAGAUGAGCUAUUCAAUUUAAGGACAGUGACAUGUGAGGAGGUUCGUCGAGUUUUAGCAUCUCUACCACUGAAUAAAUCACCUGGACCUGAAAAAGUUAGUGCUCGCAUACAAAAAGGACUGCUUGCCUGUCAUACUCGGCCCUUUGACUGAGAUUAUUAAUUGCUCUAUACUUACCAGUACAUUUCCUGCUAAAUGGAAACAGGCCGAGGUAAUACCCAUUGUCAAAGACGGCGAUCAUGAAGAAGCAGCCAAUAACAGACAAUUAUCUCUUCUAGCUGUUGCAUCCAAAGUAUUUGAGAAGAUUAUUUUGAAUCAAUUCAACGCCUUAAGUCCCACCAAAGACGUAAUAAAAAAGCGCACUCUACAGAGACCUUAAAUAUCCAGCUCACGGAUAGUGUACUUGAAACAAUAGACAAAAAGCAGAUCACCACUGUAGUAUUACUAGACCUCUCGAAAGCUUUCGACAGCAUUGACCACGCAAGACUGCUUCACAAACUCUCUAACGUUGGAGCCUCGCCCUCGACUGUCAACUGGUUCAAGAGCUACUUAUCUAGUCGCUACCAAUACUUGAGAAUUGGUUCCACCCACUCGGACACUCUGCCAAUUACCCAUGGCGUUCCUCAAGGAGCGAUUUUAACACUCCUGCUAUUCUGUAUUUAAUGGUCUACCCUUAGCACCUAGCUCUUCUAACCUAGAAUCAUACGUUGAUGAUUCGAAGUUAUUCCUAUCUUUUCCGAUGAUAGAACUGGAUGCAGCUAUUGAUAAGCUGGAACAAGAUCUUCUCAGCGUAGCCCAGUGGUGCUGUGAGAGUCACUUACUCAUAAACCCUGAUAAAACCAAGCUCCUCCUCCUUGGAACCAGACAGAUGUUAAACAGACUACCGCAGAACCUCAGCAUGUCACUUCUCGGCGCGACAUUAAAACCUGUCGCCUCAGCCAAGGACUUGGGAGUCAUUCUAGAUCCUCAAUCGACUUACGACCAUCAUAUUUCAAAGACAGUCUCCUCCUGCUUUUCAAAGCUAUAUCAAAUAAAUAGAGUUAAAGAAAGCGUUGACAAAGAGACACUUAAGCUGUUAAUUUCAUCAUUAGUUUUUAGCAAAAUGCUUUAUUGUUCAACUGUCUGGUCUAAUACUUCAACUCAGAACAUAAACAAAUUACAGCCAAUUCGGAACUUUGCGAGCAAAAUUGUAACGAAUUCUAGGAAAUUUGACCACGUGAUCCCUUUUCUCCGCCAGCUUAACUGGCUUCCUUUCAAACAAUUAUUGUAUUAUAGGGACUCUGUUUUAACUUACAAAUGUUUCAAGAGCCUCGCACCUAAACAUCUGGUAGAUAAACUUACUAAACGCUCCAGCAUCCAUGCUCGCCACACCCGCAAGCGUGAUUUAUUUUAACAAUUAUUCCUCGAGCCGGAAUUGGCUCUGAGUCAAUAGCCCAUGAGCCCGAAGGCCGAAUGGAAUAUUGACUCAGAGGCCGUGAGGGCGUGAGGAAUAAUAGGCCAUUUCCGAGUUCCACAAAGUCUCACUCUCAAAACGAGGCUAAAUGCGAAACCUUUGUUGUGAAAAUGAGUCUUAUUUGCAUCAUAAUUAAAGAUCAUUUUCACAUCAAUGGCUUCGCACUUAGCCUCGCUUUGAAAGUGAGAUUUUUUGGAACUCGGAAAUGGCCUAUUGUUUUAGUAAAAUCCAACCAGUUGGUCAAAAAAAUCGAGAACAAAACAACUUUUAGCUAGUUAAAGCUAGACUUUAAUCCUUUUUUGCCGCCAAAAAGCCCGCGCUUUUCGCUACUAGUGGGCUAUAACAUAUAGCGUAGUAGUAGCUCAACCAAUCAGAAUGCAGCAUUGAUAAUAGACCAUUAGUUGGAUUUUACUAAAUACAUAUACCAUUGUAUAGAACUGCUUCUGGCCAACGCACUUUCGCAUAUAAAGGACCUAGUAUUUGGAACAAUUUAGAUAAUGACAUAAAGCAAUGCGUUUCCAUGCAGUCUUUCAAGCAAGCUAUAAAAGGGCAACUUUUAGAGCAAGUCUUUUCAUUGGUGUCUUUUUUUUAAAAUUACGAAUUCUUAUUUUCUUAUAUUUAUUAUUUAUAACUUAAGCAGUUUAGUAUUUAAUGUAUUCAUGUCAUCGUAAAUAGUGUCUAAAAAACCUUUUGAGAAUGAUUCUAUUGAAGUCCUUUUCUAUUCUAAUCACGUGAAAUUCGUUUUGCAGUUCGUCCUUCCAUAUCUCUUAAUCCGGGACCAGUUUACGUCGUUGAAGGAAGUAAUGCAACUCUACCAGUUUGUCACGUGACUGGCUAUCCUACGCCACUGGUCACAUGGAGUAAGUCAUUUGGUCAGCUACCCCAGGGGAGGGUACACAGAAACAAUAGCGUCAUGAAACUGUUCGGAGUUCGUAAGGUUGAUUCUGAUAACUACCUCUGCACUGCAACUAACUUGUUAGGAAGUGUGGUCAAACGAACUGUUUUAGUUGUGAUCUCCCUUCCUCAGUUUACUGUAAAGCCACCGUCAAAGGUUACUGUGUUGAUUGGCGAAACGUUAACUUUGAACUGCAGCGCUACUGGCGAUCCUGAACCAGCCAUGAACUGGAAGAAACAAGAAGCACAACUUCCAGUUGGUCGGAGCCAGCAGAUUAACGGUGGGUUAUUUAUCAGGAACAUUAAAAAGGAAGAUGCUGGGAAUUACAUUUGUGCUGCAACGAUUGCAGGGGUAUUUGACGUAGAAACUGUCACCACUAUUGAUGUUCUGCCUUCUAAACAAGGUAAACAAGGAAUCCGUUUAUUACGAGAGAGGAUGAAUCCUAAGAGGAGGGUGUGUUGGCCAGGUUAAUUCUAGGACGUACGACCAAACUUGGUGAAAACCGGGAGGGGGGAGUGGCACAUCCCCUGGUCUCUUGAAACAGUUACUGAAGAGAGGUGGUUGUUUCUGAACGAUAAAAAAUUGAAUAGAAAUCUGUGAGAAAAACCUCGUGGGGGUGGAAUCCAUCCCGUUGGAGUCCGUUUUUAGGCGGAAUCAUUUUAAGAAAUAUCCACCUAAAAAUCCACCACUGCAUUCAAUAAUAAUUAACAUUGACGUAUUGUUAUGUCGGGUGAGAGAGGCGGGCCAUAACGUUUAUUCUAGGGUUUUCACUGAUAGUGAUCUUGCUUUAAUAAGGGUAGAAUUCAGGUAAUUAAAUCAGAAGCUAUUCUUGAGUGAAUAAUUCUUAAGGAGCCUCUUAAUAUUUGCUCCUAAUUUGUAGUAGAAAGCAAAGGCCAUGAUGGGACAUUAUGGCUCUUGGUGGAAGGUUAUUCAACGUUUCCGUACUGCGCUUGUGAACGUUCUACCCAUUAUGUGCUUUUGUUUUCUUUCUUAAAGCUGAGAUUUCUAGGUAACUGACCACCUACCCCUCCCCUAAGUCACAAUUUUGCCCUUAGAGAGAAGUAAGUGUCAAUGUUGGCUUAGGGGAGGGGUAGGUGGACAGUUACCCAGAAGCCUCAAUUGAUCCCUUAAAUUAGUAAAAUAAAUGAUGUACUAGCCUGAGAGCGAGAAGGCCUCAAAAGCUCCCCUCGGUCUGAAUAAAUAGGGCUAAUACGUACUUGAUACUUUGUUCUUGAUAAAGCAUUUCAUAUUUUUCCCCCAAGAUUGUUCUGAUUUGCUGAAGUCAGGCCAUACUCAGAAUGGAGUUUACUCCAUAAAUCCUGAUGGAAGAGGAUCCUUUAAUGUAUAUUGUGACAUGCGCACUGAUGGUGGAGGAUGGACCGUUUUCCAGAGAAGACAAGAUGGCUCGGUAGACUUUUAUCGCGGCUGGAACGAUUACAAAUCGGGCUUUGGUCCGCUGACGGCUGAUUUCUGGUUAGGAAACGACAGGAUCCACAGGUUGACGGCCGCUAGACCCAGUGCUCUGCGAGUGGAGCUAGAGGACUGGAACGGAGUAAGAGUAUACGCCAAAUAUGGCAAGUUUAAAGUUGGUGAUGAGCAGGCGAAAUAUCGACUUGAAGUGGGUUCAUAUUCAGGGACAGCAGGAGAUUCGAUUGUACAGCAUAAUAACAUGGCAUUUAGCACCAAAGACAGAGAUAAUGACAUCUGGAGUAGUAACUGUGCUGUGACGUACACUGGUGCCUGGUGGUACGAGUCUUGCCACUCAUCCAAUCUAAACGGAAAAUACCUUGGAAGAAAAUAUGAUUACAGAGGAGCCUGUUGGAGUGGCUUCAGAGGUGCUUUUUCACUUAAAUUUACUGAAAUGAAACUUAGGCCGUCAUCUUAG